CGGCGAUUGAGGCUCGCCGCGGAUGCUGAGCCGGAGGAGAGGAGGACGCGGCGCCGCUGUCCCUUGUGCCGGAGCCCCGCAGCAGCCAGGCCCAGCGGGGUGAGCGAUGAACAAGCUCCGGCAGAGCCUGAGGCGGAAGAAGCCAGCGUACAUCCCAGAGGCCAGCCGCCCCCACCAGUGGCAAGCAGAUGAAGAGGCUGUGCAGAAGGGGCGGUGCAGUUUCCCUGUGCGGUACUUGGGUCAUGCUGAAGUAGAGGAGUCGCGGGGCAUGCAUGUUUGUGAAGAAGCUGUGAAGAAGCUGAAAGCUAGCGGUCGCAAAUCUGUGAAGUCCGUGCUCUGGGUCUCAGCAGACGGGCUGCGUGUUGUGGACGACAAGACCAAGGAUCUGAUAGUGGACCAGACAAUUGAGAAGGUUUCAUUCUGUGCCCCAGAUCGCAACUUCGACAAGGCCUUUUCCUACAUCUGCCGGGACGGCACCACACGGCGUUGGAUCUGCCACUGCUUCCUGGCACUUAAGGAUUCGGGCGAGCGCUUGAGCCACGCCGUGGGAUGUGCCUUUGCCGCUUGCUUGGAGCGCAAGCAGAGGCGAGAGAAGGAGUGUGGUGUAACGGCCUCCUUCGAUGCCACCCGCACCAGCUUUGCUCGUGAGGGCUCCUUCCGCUUGCCAGGCCCCCCGGCCUCCACCACCCGCCCCUCAGGAGCACGGCCCCCGCAGGACAGAAGGAAAGCCGAAGCGGCGACAGUGCCUGCGCCACCUUCCCCAGUGCCUGCCCAGCCGGGCAGCACCUCCCCACCGCAGGGGGCCACAUCACCAGAGGAGAGGGCCGAGGGGGGAGGGGCGCAUGCCAUCCCCCGCCGACAUGCCCCCUUGGAGCAGCUGGUGCGGCAGGGCUCCUUCCGCGGCUUCCCCACCCUGAGCCAGAAGAACUCCCCCUUCAAGAGACAGCUUUCCUUGCGUCUGAAUGAGCUGCCGUCCACCCUGCAGCGCAGGGGGGAUGCAGUCAUCGAGCUCGACUCGACUCCCAAUGGGGAUUCCGACGGCAUCACCGCCCUCUGCAGCCAGAUUGACACGUCGCUUGCCCAGCCGGCUGGGGAGCCCGCCAGUGGUGCAUCCCUGAACGGUGCCCCUGGACACAUGGCUGCCACGAUGCCCAUGGAAGGGGGCAGCACAGGCCCCCCUGUGUGGAGCGACUCAUGUGCAGGAGCUCCUGUCAUGCCCCCCUUCCAGCCUGGCCACAAGCGGACGCCAUCAGAGGCCGAGCGCUGGCUGGAGGACGUGGCCAAGGCGGCCAAGGCGCAGCAGCAGCAGCAGCAGGAGGUGGCCGUGCCCCCCUUCCCUCUGAGCUACGACACGGCCCCUCCCACCCUGAGCAUGUUUGUGCCUCCCCACAUGCCGCCGCCACCAGCUUUCCUUCCCAUGGGAGUGGCCUACCCCCCGGCCCUGCCGUACGCCGCUGUUCCCAGCGUGCCGGUGGUGGGCAUCACCCCCUCCCAGAUGGUGGCAAAUGCCUUCUGCUCUGCCGCUCUGGCACCUGCCACCAGCUUGGGGGCCAAGGCCAGCCCCUUUCCUCAGAGCCUGCUGGGGCUGACUCGGCCCAAAUCCAAUGGGGCCCCCGCCCCCCGCACGGACCCACCUGACCCCUUUGAAACCCAGUGGGCUGCCCUGGAGUCCAAGGCCCCUUCCCCAGCCCCCAACCCCUUCUCUGGCGACCGGCAGAAAACCUUUGAAAUAGAGCUGUGACCGCCGUUUUUAGUGACUGGGCGACACAGGUGCCCUCCUGCCCUUCCUCUCAGCAGCACCUCUCCUGUUGGCAGCGCCCUCCUCCCUCCCUCCCAGAGCCUAUUCCACGGCUGAUCAGCGCCAGUCUCAGCCCCUCCCCUUUGGACCACCUUCUGGGCCCCUUGUGCACAGCCGAGAGAGAGAGCCUACGCAAUGCCCCCCACAAAACAAAUGAACAGGUUGCCAGGCUUUGGACGGGCCUGAGCCCAGUGGGCUGAGCAUCAGGCUUGGAACUGGCAGGUGCCAUAUCUGUGUCUUCCAGUUGGGGGCAGGGCUGGAAGGGUGCAGCUGGGAACAGUCAAGCUCUGCGUGUUGGCAGGAGUUGUGGACUAGCGGCCUGCCUCUCGCAAUGGUGUCCAUGGCACAAGGGUAGCCGGCAUGGUGCCCUCCAAGCGUUAUUGGACUCCAGCCCCACCAAAAUAGCCAGGGGUCAGCGAUUUCAGGAGCUGGAGUUCAACACCCUCUGGUCUAGUUCUGGUGGGGCGUUCCUCCUUGACUGGUGGUGAUCCUGGCAAGGGUAGAGGUCAAUAUAUUUCUCUCUUCCUACCCCCUCCCCAAUUAAUCUGCUGGGGAAGGAACCAAGAGGAAGCAAAGGGGGCUCCUCUCGCCAUAACCUCAAGAAUCCUUGCCUGGAGGCCUUUAGGGAGAUGGUGGUUCCUGCUGGUUGGUGCUGCUUCUCCGUGACCCAACUCUCUUCCAGCUGGGCUUCCCUUUUUCUUUCUGUUUGGGUGAGGAGCCACAAGACUCUCCUCCCCUGCUUUUCCUUACCUGGUUUUCUUCGGCAGAAUCCCCCUCCCCUGCAACCCAGACGGGCAAUUAUUUGAAGGGCUCCAAUUCCUGCAGCGGGGAGUUCCUCAGAUUUAAUAACAUUAAACCUUUUUCCUUGGAGCCUGGUGGCAACUCCCUGAACCAGAAGUGGGUCUGGGAAUGCAGCAACCUCUUGGCUGCUUCUGACCUCACAGUGGGGAUGCUGGAAUGAGUGGCAGAGUGUAAGUUGCUGUUGGCUCUGCUAGGUGCCGUUGUCUGGUUCCGUCCCUUCUCAACCUAAAAGCCUGUCAGUUGUGGAAGGUACCCAGGUGGGGUUCAAGCCUCCUUACCUUGCCCCUUGCGGAGGGUGGGGGGGCUUCCUCUGCUGCCGCCGAAUGGGUUUGUCGGGGAGAGGGGAGGGGGUGGCAUCUGCCUUGGGCGACGGUUAGAGGGGAAGCAGCUGGAAGAGUUCAAGCAAACAUUUUUAAUCCACUCAGUAUUUUUUAAUAACAUUCCCAAUUAUGGAUGUUGCUGGAUAUUGGUGCUGAAGUUGCAACCCCCCCUCCAUAGUUUGAGCUCUGCUGGAUUUUUAUGGUGGGGAAGAUAGGAAAGGAUGUAAAUAAUUGAGUUUGGCAAGUGAAUUAUCUUCUUUUUUUCUUUUAAAUGUGCCUCAAAGUCAAAUUUCAGUAAUGAAACGGAACAUUUCAAAAUGAGAUUGCAGCAAAUUGCAAAUCUGUGCAAAGGGUGAGCUGCAGAGAGGCUGUGCUGCAAGGGUCAGGUGUAUGCUGGUGGCGGGGGUGAGGUGCAGAAGAGACAUUGCAUGGGGCAGCCCUCCAUUUGUUGUUUCUGCAGCUGGGGGGGGAGAUGCAACCCAGAUGUCUGCUGCUCCUCCACCCAGCAGAGCUGUUGGACUGCAGGCUCAGUUGAAGGCGGAUCCAGGCACGCUGCUGUGCCACUCUCAGACAGAAGUGGCAUUUGGGUGCCCCGUGGAAGCCCCGAACACUGGGACUGAGCAAAUGGGCCUGGUGCCAUUUGCACAGGGCAUGGGGGGUGGUUAACCACAUUGUGCUUGAUGCCUGCCAGCUGAGUUGUUACUGUUUCACCUGCCCCCCCAUCACCUAGGGAGCAGCUGGAUCAUACGGAGGCGGGAGGGGAGGGGAGGCUCUUCCUCUUCCCCCCAACCGCCUGGACAUGGUAAACAAAAAGUGGAGGAAGGUAUUUUCUAUCUUAUUUCCAAAUGUUUUGUAUCUAAGAAUUCCACAUAUUUGUAUUAUAUAAUAAAUAACAAAAUAAAGCCAGUAAUAUAA